AUGGCCUCGCCUCGCCCCGUCGCCGUCGCCAUCGUCAUUUGCUUCCCCUCCACUCCACAACACACGACCCCGUCCAGCAACGCCCCUCAAGAUGCGCCGCAGCCAGCUUUCCUGCUUGUUUCGAGUCGCAAAAAGAAGCACCUGCAUGUCUUCCCGAAGGGUGGAGUCGAGCAGGGCGAAACGUCGGAUUUCGCAGCUCAGCGGGAAUCCUGGGAAGAGGCCGGCUUGAAACCCAACUCGGCCGUCCAUCUCACCCACCUCCUCACCCUUCACGACCCGAGUCCUCACAUCCUCUCCCCUUCCACCGACCGCGAGUCGCCGUCCUUCGUCGCCAGCUGCCAGUACUCGUUCGAACUCUUCCUCCUCCCGCCUCCCGAGACCCGCGCGGACCGAUCGACUCAUGACGCACCUUCGCACGACGAGGCGAAUGCGGACGAUACCGCCGCUCUCGCCGACUCAGCCUCGCUCUCGACAUCCGCAACCUCAUCCGUCUCGUCCAUCUCCUCCGCUCCCUCGUCGGCAUCCUCCAGCGCCCCUUCAGGCCACCCUCUCUCCUCUUCCGCCGAACCCAUCGAAUCCGCCUCGUCAGCUCUGACAGAACCCUACUCCCUCGCCUACCUCUCGCCAACAUGGCCCGAGUCGACCGAACGGACACGGAUAUUCCUGUCGGGCUGGGACGAGCUCGAGAAGACUGUUUGUUGGGGACGGAGAGAAGACGUGAUGCGACAGGCCGUGCGGAGCGCGAAGGAGUGGGUCGACGACUGGUGGAAGCGGACUGGCGGGCGGAUAGAGGACGCUGAGAUGUCGAACGGCGUGGAGGAAGACGAGGACGAGCGGAUAUGA